AGACAAUCAGUGUCAAUCUUUGUACCAUUUAUUGUCUCAUAAUCCUUCUACACACUCGUGCGCUUUCCAGGUAGUGUCUAUAGCUCGACAUCGGUAGCCCUUGCCAUCUUCAGCGGACUCACAACGUCAUGUCCUCGAGCGAGGAUGGGUUCCUCGACCCGAAUGCUUCGGACGACGAAGUCAUGGCCGCAAGCGGCGACUCCGACUUCGAAGACACCCCUCGGCUCAGGACUCGCCAGAAGACAAACCCUAAAGCCGCAAAAUCGAGCAAAUUCACUCACUUGACACAGAAUCCGGUCACAGGCAAGAGGAAGCGAGCUCAAGUGGUAGCCAGCCCCAUCCCACCGAGGCAAGAGCAGGGCGAGCGGAGAGGGAUGUUUGACGAUGAUGAUGAGGAGAACAAUGGGGAUGAAUAUGAUAGCGAUGAUGAGGGGCCGAGGCAGAUAACGGGUAGCGAGUUCUUGACCAAGCUGCUCGCAUGGAAAACGAGGCCCGUCAAGGAUCUCGGGGGUCUUGAACUGAAAGCCGACCAUACUGCCAGACCGUUAUGGAUCGACAAUCACGGCAGAAUUACGCUUGAACGGUUCUCUCCAAUCGCGGAACAGGCUCAAGACUUUCUCGUUGCUAUCGCUGAGCCAGUCUCCAGACCCACAUUCAUCCACGAAUAUCGGGUCAAUGAAUACUCGCUCUACGCUGCCAUGUCGGUCGGACUCGAAACGAAAGAUAUCGUCGAGGUGUUGAGCAGGCUAUCUAAGACACCAUUACCACAAUCUCUCAUCCGGGAUAUCCAUCGAUGGACAGCAGCCUACGGGAAAGUCAAGCUGGUUCUCAAGCGGAACCGUUACUUUCUCGAAUCUUCGGUUCCCGAGAUGAUACAGCGCUUGCUUGCCGACUCUCAAAUCCGAGCUUGUCGAAUAACGCAAGUGCAAGGGGAUGAUACCAGCAAUCUGGUCCAUGGUGUAGAAUCAGCACCUAAACCGACCGCCAGUGGACUGCUCAUUCCCGGUACUACAGAAGCCCGACGGGCGAAUGCUUUGGCAACAGGGCAGAACGUCGAGGACGCACCAGCACAUGAAACGGUCGACGACGUCUUGGGUGCCGUAAUCGGGCUAGAUCGAGCCGACGAGAUGGAUGAGGAUGACCAGGUCCAAUCAUUCGAGAUUGACGGCGACAGGAUGGAGAAAGUCAAGAGGCAAUGUCAGGAAAUAGGCCUCCCUGUGCUGGAAGAAUACGAUUUCCGAGCCGACAAUAUCAACCAGAAUUUAGAAAUCGACUUGAAACCGAUGACGGUCAUUCGUUCUUAUCAGGAAACUUCGCUCAGUAAAAUGUUUGGAAACGGACGUGCGAGAUCUGGAAUCAUUGUACUGCCGUGUGGGGCAGGGAAAACACUGGUCGGCAUCACUGCUGCCUGCACAAUCAAGAAGAGUGUUUUGGUGUUGUGUACAUCCGCUGUUUCUGCGCAACAAUGGAAACAAGCCUUCAUUCAGUUCACAAAUAUCCAGGACAAGCAAAUCUCGAUCUUCACAUCGCAAUCUGCUGAUAUGUUCUCGGGAGCCGACUCCGGCGCGGCUGGUAUUGUCAUUUCCGUCUACAGUAUGGUUGCAUUCACCGGGAAACGAUCACACUCGUCGGAAACCUUCAUGAACUUCUUGAAGAGUCGAGAAUGGGGUCUCUUGUUGCUUGACGAAGUGCACGUCGCACCAGCCACAGCUUUCAGGAAAUGUGUCGAAAGUUUGAGGACGCACGCGAAGCUCGGCCUAACAGCAACACUGGUGCGAGAAGAUGAUAGGAUUUCAGAUCUGAACUACAUCAUCGGUCCAAAGCUAUACGAAGCCAAUUGGAUGGACCUCGCGCAGAAAGGGCACAUCGCCAACGUGCAGUGUGCGGAAGUGUGGUGUCCCAUGACACCUGAGUUUUACGCCGAAUAUCUGCUGGCCAAAAGCCGAGCCCGAAUUGUUAUGCAGGCCAUGAACCCUAACAAGUUCCAGGCCUGCCAAUUCCUCAUCAACUACCACGAGCGACGUGGAGACAAGAUUAUCGUUUUCUCGGACAAUGUGUACUCGCUAAUGCAAUACGCGCAAAAGCUGGGCAAAGCUGCUAUUCACGGUGGAACGGACGAGCGAGAACGAAUGCGUAUCUUGGCCCGGUUCCAGCAUGAUCCCAAUAUGAACACCAUCUUCUUGUCCAAGGUCGGAGAUACCUCUAUCGACCUGCCCGAAGCUACUUGCUUGAUUCAGAUUUCGUCCCAUUACGGAUCUCGAAGACAAGAGGCUCAACGACUCGGACGUAUUUUGCGAGCGAAGCGAAGGAAUGAUGAAGGUUUCAAUGCCUUUUUCUAUUCGCUAGUAUCGAAAGAUACUUCCGAGAUGUACUACUCGACCAAGCGGCAGGGUUUCUUGGUCGACCAGGGUUAUGCAUUCAAGAUCAUCACCGAAUUGCAUGGUAUCGACUUGCUCCCAGAUCUCGUCUUCAAGACCCAAAAAGAUCAGCUCGAGCUCCUCGGUUCGGUUUUGAACGAGACUGAAAAGGUCAACAUCGAGAUGGAGGAUGAAGAGGAUGCAUACGACUUUAUCGACAAUGCUGCUGGAAAGCAGCGAUUCGGAGGAGGUAUCAAACCUGCCAACCGAAUGACCGGAAGCAUGCAGAACUUGGCCGGAGGAUCGAUGAUGACUUAUCAGGAGAACAGCAUCAACAUGAAUCGGCGUAUCAAGAGAGACGACCGGGCCGCUGCCAAGUCUGGGAAAGGAGCGAGACACGAGAUUUUCAGAAAGGACAAACGGCCACGCCAAGAUUGAACGUAGGCGCACGCUUUUCCUUGCGAUCUUCAACCUAGCUAUGCUUGAGACGACUGUACAUCUCUAUACUUGAGCCCGUGACCAUGAACUGUAUCGAUAUCAUCUCGUUGUCAGGCUGGACCUGCACCGCGGA